AGUGCAAUAGUCUCUCACCCAGAGAUACCGACGUUUACGAAUGCGCACACUGUCGAGUCUGUGCCGGCACCAACCUCACCUCAAGACCGCGGCGUAGAUUACACCGUCUUCAUGUCUUCGACAUUCAUAAGCACGGCAUCAUCAUCGGUUUCUGGUAGCACGCCUACACCCUUCCCUUCGCCAGACCCAAGGCAAAAUGCAGACCCAUUCGAGAAUGGACCCAGCGUCUAUUUAUAUGGAUUCCUAGCCACUCUUGUGCUCAUAUUUCUUGUCUCGGUCGCUGUAGCCUGGCGGGGCUACUACACUCGCCGCAUACUACGAGCACGAAUCGACGAGGCAAUUGCAAGAGGACUCUAUGUUCCAGGGUAUAGCGAUGAUGGAACACCCCUCUCAUUUGCGGCAGACUCUCGAAGAAGAGGUGGUCCUCUACCACCCAAGCCAAUUAUAUGGGAUGCAUUCCUCGCUCCAGCAGAGAAACGACCUGACAACAUCGAGUGGGACGUAAAGCCCGCCGCAGUGACCGCAAUUAAACCCGCUUCUGAUCCUGAGCCAGCUUCAACGAUAAGAAAUUCUCCAUCUCACGCUCGCACUCUGAUGCAUCAGAUCGUUGACCCUAUACGCAACUAUUGGUUUGUGAACCCGCCACAAGGUACCCAUGCGAACCAGCUCCAAGGACGUCCCGAUCCAACGAGUGACACUGCACGAAAUGACCCACAAUUGUUUCCGCAAAUUGCUACAGAGGAGAAGCAAGAUGAGCUCAAGGAUGUAGAGGAAGUAAUCGUUAGCGUUCUUAUCGCCAUGCCGUCCCCUGCGGCCUCGGCCCAGAGAAAGCUCGACUUGAGUAAUCAGGCGUCCUCCUCAUCCUCUUCCUCAAGGCCUACCUCUGCAUCUAUACCGACCUCAUCCUCCCGACCAACAUCGUUCGCUCCUAAUGGGCACCAACCAAAUGAACCAGAAGAACUCCCUGAGCUCGCCAUUGGAUUAGCAGAGCUCCCGCUGACGAGACCGACCGUCGUGGAGCUUGUCGUGGGCCAAGAUGAUGUCCAGAAUGAUGAGACCCGGAUGGUAAACAACGGAAAGGAGCCGCUGAGAUGA